AUACACACUGUUUCUGUCUGAACCCUAUAGAACUACAUCUGUCAUAACCUGACAGUCAUGGUCAGCCUCGUGCUAUUUUCCAAUUAUUCUUCUCUAAUUCAUCAACUCAUCAGCUAACUGCCAUUCUGAUCACAAGUAAUUUAGACUAUUUUAUAAUUCAGACAGCUUAAUGCUUGACUGCCAAAGACUGCAUACCUGGAAUAGUCAAACAGGCUUAUUUUAUUUGCAUUGAGGUUUUUCUCACAAGUCAGUUCAUGCAUUUGCGACUCGCUCUGUGAUUGGGCGACCUUAGGUUCUUGUGAUGGUAUUACUUCCUUAUAAAUAUUCUCACAUACCAGUCAAGGUGGAAGCUGUUAUUUUAAGUUGUUGAUUUCUUCAUUAUUAUUAUUUUUUUUGCGAAUUGCACUUUGUUCCACAAACAAAGUUAAAAAAAAAGAAGACAGGGUCAGAUUUACCAUUUUAUCUGCUAUUAUUCAAUCUUUCAAAUUAGUGUUCAAUGUUAUUUAGUUUAUAUGAAAUUUAAGAUAUAUACAUUAUUUUUAUGCAAAUGUAUUAAACAUCAAGUCAUAUUUAGUCAUUUCGUUUAAAAUUAUGAAAUUAAUUUUUCCUAAGGGGCUUCAUUUGGUUUUAAUUCAAAUGUAAAAAAAAUGGCAAAAAUGUUAGUUUUGCAAAGGUGAACUAGAAGAUAUGACUAAACUAAUGCAAUUUUUUUCAAAAAGGCAGACCCUAUUUAAGGUAGUAAUUAUCAGUGGGUUUUAGUUUGCCAUUCUUCCAGGAAGAAAAAAUAAUAAACUAUUGUCAGUUUAGUGACAGAUAAUGCUGAGAGUUCAAAGUCAAGCGGUCCAUUCCAAAGAGUUUCAACAAUGGAAACUAAAAUCAUCAGACUGAAAUUUAUGGAAAAUAACAAAGCUGAGAAGCACCGCACUUGCAUCUGCAGUAAGUAUAGCGGAGAAAAAGACAAAGGAUGGAUGAAGGCAACGCAGGAAUGUAAACACACAGGGGGACUGACGGGACACAGGUAUUAACAAUUGAGACAAACCGAAUAAUCUCAGCAGCACACAAACAAUGAAGCCAAGGUGCAGCAAAAAUACACUUUCAAAAUAAAACAAGGAUCUACACUCAUUCUAUCACAGCACUUUUUAACAGAUUCAACCUAUGAUCCAAAUUAAGAGAAAAAAAAGGAAGAAAAAAAUAUAAUGAUUAUGAAAAAUCUGUUAAAAGUACAUGACUGUUGUACAUUUACAAGGUUUGCACAUCUUCAAAUAGAUGCAAUAGUUAUGGUAGCUGGAUAACCUUUUUAUAAAAUGUUACUUUUCAAUUCCCAACUGACAGUUUGUUGGGUAGAGUUUCUUUGAUACCAAGCAUUUCUUUUUUUAUUAUAUGUCAUUGUUUAUUAAGCCAUACUAAUGGGUUGAAUGUAUAAACUUUAGUACAAUGCUACCGAUUUAACUGCACUAUAAGCACAGACCAAAGUAUAAAAACAACAACAACAAUGAUUUCAAAGCUAAAGCAGCUGUGCAAGACAUUUGCUCAAGUAAACCAAAUUGUGAUUUCAUCAGAAACUGUUGGAUGUGUUACCGUGUAAACAUGACUACAGCUCUGACCAGACUGAAACUACCCCUCGUUAGUUCGCAUUUUCCUCUGGCUUAAGCAAACCUUGAAAACAUUUCCCACAAAUCUUAGAGUGAAAACAAAAAUUAAGCCUUAAGAGUGCUAUUAAAAAGGCAAGUAUCUUCUCUUUGUGCAGACAGAAAUAUUCACUCAGAUCAAUGGAGGCCAUGCAUUGCCAGACUGUCUGGAAUCUGCUCAAAAGAGAAGGAACGUUUCCUCCAAAAAAAAAAUGGAGAGUUAUCACAAACUUGAGUGCAUAGCUGAUAACUCCCCUGCUGGCUUCCUCGUGGAAAGUUCAAACCUUAGCUUAUUUUUCUAAUGCCGAAGUGUAGACAUGACAUCAGUACCUGGGUGAUUAACUGCUUAUCCCCAGCUGCUGUAGUACUGAGUCAUGUGGUUGUGUAACCAGCAAGUCUAUACUGCAAGGAAAGGAGUUUAUAAUAAUCUCCAGAUUGUUGCUUGCUGCUGUAGUACUAGACAUUACCCAUGGAUGCUUCCUGUUCUGGACAAAGCCUAUAUUGUGCCCAAUAGAGGAGCGGCAUCCGAACGACAUCCAUAGCACAGUGCAAACAGAAUACGCAGUAGUGUCCCUUUGCUCCUGAGGGCUGAAGAUGAUAAAAAUAGUCUGACUGUGGACACAUCUGCCUCCUCCUCAGGGGCGGUCACAGAGGGACGACCGACUGUUUGUUUCUGAUGGGUUUAUUUUUCAUUUUCCUUUUUUUCUAUUAUUUCUAUUAUUCAAGCCAUUAUUAAAGUAGCUGUUAAUACAGGUAUACGAAAUAUUUGGCAGGUGUUUAUCAGCCUCCAUUGAGUUUUUUGUGUUACAUCGCUGUAGACCACACCCAAUCAAAAACACUUUUAGACAAUGAUAUUAAAACAGACAAUAUUCCAAAACUAGCCCCACAGUUUUUUUUGCCUUCUCACUUAAUCUUAUUUCUUUUUCAAACGAAUUCAUCUUUAGAAUCAGUGUGGUACUUUGUAUUAAGAUAGAGUUAUUUCAACAAAAGACUUUAUUUCAAGUCGGGUAGUUUAAUGCUUGACUCCCAAAAACUGCACAACUGCAAUAGUCAAACAGGCUUAUUUUAUUUGCAUUGCUUCCUAGAGAUUGAUUCCUUCUGCUCUCAGAUCUUACACAAACUCAAUAAACAUAAUCAUCGUUUCUUCAAGACUCCUCCCUGUGGCUUCUGUCACUUUGGAUCAAACUUAGUGCUUCUAUUCCACACUUCAUCACGCGCUCCGCUGUCAGCUUCAUCACGCCAUUUGUCCUUCACCUCCUCUUCUUCCUCAUCAGCCCUCCCUCAUGAUAUCUAAUCUGUUAUUCGCCUCUGCAUCUCAAUAAUCGUACUCUUUUUCUUUAUCCAGCUUCAUGCAGCUGUGUGUCUUUUAUUUUAGGAACUGAAGGAAAAGGGGGGUGCAAAAAGAAAGAGGGAACGGGGGAAAUGGGAGUUGGAUUUGAAAGGAUGUUGUGAUAAACAGACUGAGGUUUCCAGCUGGAUCGUUGUUGCUCACCACUCUGAGGCUGAACAUGGCUUUUACUACGCUCCAUUUCCUGGGAUUUCUCCUCCUCUUCCUCCAUGUUUUGGAUGCCCAAACUGUUAUUGGCUAUUCUUCUUCCUUCUCUUCCAUGGAUCUGCCAAGGAGUUCUUCCCCAACCAAACAGACCUUUCGGUUCUGGCCUUCUUUGCCUCCCAGAGGGCGCAGCGAUGUGCCGAUCAGAGUCACCAUGCAGGACAGAUUGACCACUAUGAAUGCAGUGGAACAAGGACAAAGAAUAACCUCUGAGACAACACAUUUCAGUCCCUCUUUCACAAUGACCUCUUCUGCUGAGAAUCCCAUCAGUGAGACAGUUGUAACUGAACCUACUUCCUCCAGGCCCAGGACUGACACAGCUAGAUUAGCUUUCAAACAGGCUUUGAGAAGGGGAGAGGCUGCUACAAAACACCCAUAUCAGCCUUUAAAUGUGAGGUCUUCCACCACUGUUGGGGAUGAUGGACUGGGAACAGCUGGAAAUUCAGACAAAGGAUCAGUCGGAGACUCUGAGGAUGGGGAUACACAAGGCUUGGGGUCAGGAACAGUAGCAUUGAAAAAGGAUGAUUUACUUCCUCCUCUACCGACACGGGGUAAUGAAAUGGCUCAAUAUCAGCUACAGGCACAGACCAUGAUGUCCAAAGUUUCUGAUGUAAAACCUCUGACAUCAGAGUCACACAUGGCUGUUCUGACCACAGCCAUUACAUCCAGCACAGCCUCGACAGGGCAACAUCCCGGAAAAAGAAUCCCACAGCCUCUGAACACAACGCAGCAAAUACCCCAAACUGUUGGAUUACCAGGUAAAGUGGCAUCAAACAAUCCUUCUGCCGAAGGAGUCGGGCCAAACCAGGGUGCAGCUGCUUUGACAUCUCUGCAGCCCACGUCGCCCAGUGCCAACCAGCAGCCGCAGACUGCAGGACAGCUUUUGUUAGCCAAAAACUCAAGCAUUUUGAAAACACUAUCAGCCGACGUCAGGCCUACGCAGAAGCCUGUUGGGACAUCCACCCAAAACGGCAAAACAGUCCAACUAGGAAGGCAUGCAGCAGGCACUACUGUGCAGUCCUCAAGGACAGGAAAUUCCUCCCGCCUGACUCCCAGUGAUGUUCCUGUCACAAGAUCAAGAUUUUCCCCUACAUAUCAGGCCAGUGUCGUUCAGAGGAACCACUCUGUCCAACUGAGACAUCCUUACCAAGCUCCUCAUUCCCCUUACAAUCCAGCCCCAUCUCCUAGUGCCCAUCCAUACCCUAACGGCACGUUUCUUUACUGGGGGGAUAUGAGCCGGACGCUGGCUUUUGCGUGGGAACUUCACGUCUACGGGUCUGCUAGCCUCUUCCUCCUGCUGUUUGCUGGCGCUGCUCUUGGUCUCACACUGUCCCCUGGAACCAACUGUCCUCACCGUGGUGCUCUUGCUCUUGCUAAUGCUCUACUUUUUCUGGCUGGAGGUCUCAGGGCAGCUCUGUUUUUCAUUGACCCGUAUGGCACACGCAACGUCCUUCCUCACUCUGCAGUUGCAGCCCUCUAUAACCUGCCUCUGCAUCUGCUGGUCUGGACACAGGCUUCCUUGGUGCUGUUGGCUUUAAGGGCAACAGGAAUCAGUGUCUUCCCUGUAACUAUGGAGCAUCCUCCUCUGAUUGGGGUUUUAGCUGUCUUGCAUUGUACCCUGAUGUUAGGUGUGGAUCUGUUGUCUGCUGCCCUGUCUCCUGUUGUACCUGUUACCCUGCAGGUCCUGUCCCUUUGUUGGGGUCUCGCUAUAUGUUUAGGUUUUCUCUGCUUUGUUUUCCCACGCAUACGCUGCCCUACUGAUCUCAGCCAUGGAGCUGAAGUCAGGAGGAAGACUUGGACAGGAAACCAGAAAAUAGGAGUCAUUUUGGGGAAAGUGCUGGCAGUCUGUGCAGUUCUUGGGGCAUUAUGCUGUGGGUUGCAUGUCCAUGCUACCUUGUGGCUCUAUGGGUUUUUAGGAAACUGGACAAGCUUCAACUGGGGGUGGUGGCUUGUACACUUUUGGGCCAGACUGCUUGAACUGGGAUGGGGUUUUGCCCUUUUGCUCCUGAGUUCCUGGGUGUUCUGGAGGCCUGCAGGAACCCGGAGAGGGGAGGAAGGAGGACAGGAGGGCAGACCGGCAGGAGACCUGGCUACCCCAGGCCAGUCUGUUGGAUCCCCUCAAAGGCACACAUGCUGGUCCAAAAUUGUGCAAAGCUUGAGGGGAAAACCCUGCAGAAAAUCAGACAGCAAUGGUGUGGGAGGGGGAACAGGUGAUAUUCCAAACAACUGGGCUGGCCAGGAGUGUGCUGGAACUGAUAUCAGCAAGAACCUAAUUAAGAAUCAGAACCAUGAGCAGAGCACCAUCCAGCCUGACUGUGGGAAGGACAGCAACCGCGGCCACAACCAUAGAGACCACGCUGCGGAGCAAGGCGAGUCAGGUGGUUCCGUUGGCUCUGGGAUGGUCCUGCAGCCACUGGGGCGACCCCUGCAGCGCUCAGUGAGUGGCGGUCUUGAUCAUGACAGGGAUACUUCCAUGUCUUUCUGUGAGUUUGACCUGCGACCCCCAUCCCCCAUUGACUUAACUCGAAGCAUUGACGAGGCUCUUCACAGAGAACACCUGCUUGAAGGAGGGAGUCUCUUUCAUCCUUUGAACCCACAGUCACGCUCACCUUCCCCACGCUCAGCUUUCAGUCAGGGUCCCUGGCUCCGCAGGAACAGUGACCCGCAGCUGCUCUCUGACAGCAGCGACGCUCCAACUGAGUCCUCCAUGCCACUGGGGGGCAGCAUUCUCAGCAGUGUACCCAGCAGGCAAGUGACUGCUCCCCCAACACCUUCCCACCCAGAUAACAGGUGGGUGGAUAACAGAGUCUUAAGUGUACCAUCAUCUGUGUCCUGCCCUGUGUCACUUCGACCAACCAGAACGUCGACAGGGCAUCUGUGCGAGGAUGACACUCGACCCUUUAUUACUCCAGACUCUGAAAGGGCGCGAGGGAAAUCCGGGAGGUCAGUGGGUUCCCGGAGUUACCUGGAAGUCAGUCGACACGACGAUUCUAUCAGUGCCAGCAGUGAAAUUAUUGACCUCUGAAAACAAACCGUGGACUGCAGUGACUUUGACUGCAAAUCAAACACACUUACUUAUUUAACACGGCUUUUCCACAUGGAACUCCUUUAAACACUGGGUUGUAAGGAAAAGUCAUAAGAUUCUUUUCCAAAGAAGACGUAUAUAAGGUUAAACAAAAGAAAAAAAAACUGCCUUUUGCCUUGUUAUGAAAUUAAAGACAUGGGGUUGUAGAAAAGACUAUAUUUUACUGCUGGAGCAAAGCACCAGCAGAUAUAGCACAGAUUCAUAUAACCUUUUCUUUCUUUAGCAAAAAUCCUCUUUCUUUUAAGUCUUAACCUUAAAUACAUUGGGACCACACACAAAUAAUACAUUUGAAAGUCUCAUUAACACGAGUUGUUUAAAUGUCCUUAGAAUUUCUAAAAGAGAUUGGUUUUGUUCUUUCCACACUGUCCAAAUACAACAUUUUAAAAAUGUUCGUGUCCCUGAAAGACAAACAUUACUGCAGGCAUCUUUUAAGUCACCUUUUAAUCUCCGUAGAAGAACCAAUCUGCAUUUAAAUGCUUUUAGAGUUAAUUUCUUCAUUUAAUUUGCUUUUAUGAGAAAACUUGUGCCAAACAUAAUCCCAACUGCUCUUCUUUCCCCAGUAUCAGCAUCUGCUUCACAGUGACUCAACUGUAGAUUACAGUCAAUAUAAGCUGUUCUCGCUGGGCUUCAGGUGUGCCUGUCAGAUCUGUCCUGUAGUCUAAAACCGCUUAUGUAAAGAUCUAAGCAACAACAGUGAAAGGGAGUGGACAUACCAACACUUCUAAAGAUUUUAGGAGCCGAUAAAAGUACUGUUUAAUGAUCGGCUGUGGGGUAAAAGCAUUUUGUCAAGUUAAACUGCUACCAUAAAAAGCUUUUUCUAUUAAUAGCCCUGCAAAAUUGAUGCCUCUGACUGCAUUCUAUCCAGUUUGAAUGCAAAUAGCAAAUGCAUCAGUUCUUAAGUUUUUCUGGAAUUGUGCUGCAUGCUCCACCGCUUUGCAGGGCUGCAGUACACAAGAGUGGCUUAGCACACCUCCAAACUCACUUACUCAAACCAACUCUAUAAAGACAGCACUUAGCCGUACUCUAAAGUAUUUUACAGCUUUAAAAGCAAGCAUUUCUGUUGAAGAUAUGACUAUAAGAAGUAAUGUAAAUACUGUUAUUUUUGUUGUACAUGAACAAAGGUGUAGUUGAAAUGUAGUCAUAGCUGUUACUGUGAAAGACAAUCGAAAGUUGUGUUGCUCAUAGAACCGCGCUGCGCAGUUUUUGACGUCGGAUUGUGGCCUAUUUAGGACACAGAAGAGCUGUGACAGUUGAUAUUUCUGGGCUGUGCUCCGGACUGUGAUAAUGAUCCAGGUUUUGCAAAUUGUUUAUUCAAGAUCUGAAGAAGUUUGGAAUUCUGUUUUUAUGUUUUCUGUAAUGAGAUUAUAUGUUUGUUUGUUUGUUUGUUUUAAAAGACAAACCAUUUCUGUGGAAUCAUAGUUAGUUUAUUAAUUUUGCUGCAAAUUAUUCCUGAUCCUGAAAAAAAAAACUUUGUGGCACCCAUCCAAGUUGUUGCGUUUCAAGCCACCUCUGGGUGAUUUGCGUUACUUUAUGGUCUAGUGAAAUGAUGAAGUUCAGUCUAUAUCAGAGCCUUUUACAGUCUUUUGUUGUUGUUAACAUUCCAAUUGAACCUUAGCUGUACUUCCAAUUUCUGUUUUCCAACUUUGCCUCUGUCACGCCAUUUGCACAGGUAGAUUUGUUCCACAAAGCAUCCUAUGCCCUAAAAAAUACAGUCAUCAUGUCCUCAACAAGCAGUAAUCAUUUAAUGAAAGUACAGUGUUAGUUUUGUGUUUACUUUUCCCAUUGAACUGUUGGUCAUGUAUUUCUGCUGCAUUUCAUGGCUGGAUUCAAAUAAACCAAAUAAAAGAAAAAG